UUCAUCUACACUGAUUGAAGUGGAUUCAACAGGUGACAUCAAUAAGGGAUCAUAGCUUUCACCUGGAUUCACCUGGUCAGUCUAUGUCAUGGAAAGAGCAGGUGUUUCUAAUGCUUUGUGUACUCAGUCUAUUUACAAAGCAGAGAGGAUUGCACUUGCAUUUUCAAGAACAAAAUCUAGCCACUGGAGGUCAGUAGAAGCACAUUCAUAGCUUAGUGAGCACUUGAAUGUGAUGUGAAGCCUAAGAUAUGAUGUAUCUGUGUUUUUUCUAGUCUGAAGGUAUUGCUUUUCACUGUCAUGUCCUCUUCCUGUCUUGUUUUGUGCAGCUCUACUUGGUGGAAGGGGACAUAUGUCUGAAGGUGGUAGAGAAUGGAAAACAUACAUUUAACUUGGCAAGUCAGUUAAGAACAAAUUCUUAUUUACAAUGAUGGCCUACUCCGGCCAAAUCCAGACAGCACUGGGCCAAUUGUGCACCACCCUAUGGGACUCCCACAGCCGGAUGUGAUACAGCCGGGAUUCAAACCAGGGACUGUAGUGACACCCCUUGCACUGAGAUGCAGUGCCUUAGACCCCUGCACCACUCAGGAGCUUGUGCAUAUCCACAAGGCCCCGACAUUUCUGCUCCCAGCUCGGAUCCCCCACUCCCCCCAUAGACUGGAUAACACUGUGGGGCUGGUGUUGGAGAGAUGGAGGCUUCAUUCAAAGACAGACUGUUUAAGACCAUGCUGUGUGGCCCCGGGCAGACAGAGGUUUGUAAACAAGAAACUGAUGUCUGGUUAUGGCAGCAGGAGGGAUCCCUCCCCAUGUGACUGGAUGGCCAAGAGUUCCCUCAGCCCACAGGAGACAGCCUACUCAUUCCGGGACACAGCCAGUGAGUGGGAUGAUGAGUGUGGUAAUAAGAAAAGGAAAUGGAUGAUAGAGUGGAUAUGUGCAUGUUUGUGAAUUGCCCCAAUAAAUAAUGGCUAGAGAAAGAAUGCUGUAUUCAAGUAACACAAGAAGAAAGAGGUCGCGCACUCAUACAGUAGAUGCUAUUAUUUUGUGGUUUGCUAGAGGAAUCGGUUUGAAUUUCUGUUUUUGUAUGAUUCCGGUGCUUCCGGUAUCAGUGGAGGGGAGAAUUUGCCUGUUUGUCAGUCAAAACCCAGGAAGGAGACGUGCAUGACCUCUGACGAGCACGCUCUCUGCUGCGACGCACAAGGGAAAAGGAGGGUCAGCGAAAGGGAUUGCAUGUUAUUUUGCUGCAGAGAGCGUGAUUGUAACCCUGAGUCAUAAAUGACGUUAAAGAUUAACACUCUAAUGAGCUCAAAGAUAAGAUUUGGGUAGGUAUUGAGUAAAACAGGAAGUC